UAGCCAUAUUCAUCAUUUUGAAUCUGUAGUUCAGCUAACUGUCUACCUGUUAGAGUGAGCUAAGCCACUGUUGAAGACCCUACGUUUACUAGCUAUAUAUAUUUAUAAGAUGUCGGCUAACCUAGUUGUUAAAGCGACAGUGGAGCAAUGUAGCAGCUAAGGUCAAGUCAUCACGACUUUACUAUGAGCUCCCUAUCAGCCCAGCCUCUGGCAUCAAGCUCAGCAUGCAGGACACUACCUGGAGAGGGAAAUCAGGUACAACCAAAAGCCCCUCUCCUGCAGAUUCUGCGUGUUGCCGGAGCCCAGGAAGAAGUCUUCACACUCAAAGAGGUGAUGCACUACUUGGGUCAGUACAUCAUGGGGAAGCAGCUGUAUGACAAACAGAGGCAACACAUAGUCCACUGCCAGGAUGACCCUUUGGGAGAGCUGCUGGAGGUGGAGAGCUUCUCUGUUAAAAAUCCGAGCCCGGUGUAUGAAAUGCUCAAGAAAUACUUAGUUGUGCUUGGUUGUUCUGACGCUGCAGAGAAUCUUUCUGUGGGCCGUGAAUGUGUAGAGGGCGGAGUGGAGGAUCGUGGUCAGAUAUGUGGAGGUGUGGUCAAAGCAGGACUGGAGGCUUGCAGUGAUGGGCCUCUCCUGCAGACCCCCUCCCAGAGACGGCCCCGGGAGCCAGACGACGACUCCCUCGAAGGCCUGCCACGGUCAGCCUGCAAACGUCCCAAACUGGAUGUUACUCUGGAUGAGUGGGACCUCUCUGGCCUACCCUGGUGGUUUCUGGGUAAUCUCCGUAGUAACUACAGCCGCAGGAGCAAUGGCUCCACUGACAUCCACACAAACCAACUGUCUCCUGCACAGGAGGAGGACACGGCCAUCGUGUCGGACACCACCGACGACCUCUGGUUCCUGACCGAGGGCGGCAGUGAACAGGUGAGCGUGGAGAUGAAAGAGGCUGCACUGGAGGAAGGCAGCGGAGGAGAAGGGGAGGCUCUGCCUGAGGACGAUGAUGGAGGAGGGAAGGAGGAGAAAACAGAUCGAGAGAUGCAGGAGGAGCCAGAUGAAGACUCGCAGUGUCUGAGCGAUGACACUGAUACAGAGAUCUCCACACAGGAUGCGUGGCAGUGCACAGAGUGCAGGAAGUAUAACACACCUCUCCAGAGGUACUGUGUUCGCUGCUGGGCUCUACGAAAGAACUGGUAUAAAGAUGUCCCCCGACUCGCCCAUUCCCUUUCUGUUCCUGACAUCCCAGCAUGCAGCUCUCUCACCACCCAUGAUGAGGAAGAUGACAGCGACACAGGCAUUGAUGUCCCAGACUGCAGCAGGACAGUUUCUGACCCGGUCAUCCUGCCUUCUCACUCCACAGCUGACCGACCACUGCCCACUAUGAUUACAGGGAAAGGCAAGGGGCCUUGGCCCUCCAGAUUCCAAAAGGAUGAGCAGCUCUCAAGUGGGGAGAGUCAGGAAAAUCUUGGCAUGGAGGUUGAAGAAGUUAGGCCUGAGGCACUGUUGGAGCCUUGCAAGCUCUGUCGAGUGCGACCACGCAAUGGAAAUAUAAUACAUGGACGUACAGCUCACCUGCUAACCUGUUUCCCGUGUGCAAGGAGGCUGCACAAGUUCCAGGCUCCUUGUCCAGGCUGUGGGAAGAUUAUUCAGAAAGUUAUUAAGAUAUUCAUUCUUUAAAAAGCACAUGCACACAUGUGUCAGGCUCUGGGGACCUAAACAACAAAAAAAAUACACCACACUUUCGACCAUACAGCUGCAUGCACUCUGGUACACACGCUCGUAGACACACACACACACACAAAACGUGCACCUUAUAUUCAAAUCUACACAGACUAUAGCACUUGGUGAAUCUUGCUCUGGGUUGCAUGGUUUAUUUUGCAUCACACUGCCUCUGAAGUAUUGUUGGAUGAAACACGAGUUUGUUAUACCAAAUGCUUGUUUUGGUGCCAUACUUAAAUAAGGGACAUAUAAAAGCAAAAGUAUUUAUUUAUUUAUUUAUUAGAUCACAUAGGAGUGCAGCUUGUGUGAGCUAUUAUUUGUCUUCAUGAAGGCUUGUUUUUCAGGCUAUGUGAAUUUCGUUCAUUGGUUUUUGCCUUUCUUGAAUGGUGCCAUUUUAAAAGUAUUGCUUGCCUUGUUCUUGUAGUUUGGUUUGAUUUUCUUUCUCCGUAGAUUCCCUUCAGGCGUCACGGCAAAAAUGGGAAAAAUCAGUGCAGGUAUGUAACUGCAAGAAUAUUUCUUUAACCAUCUUCUAGACUAUUUUGUUGUCUUCACUCUUUUUGUAUCCUCUUAGGUAAUGUGGCUCUGAGAUUUGAGUUAUGAAGACAAGAUUGAAGGAAGAACAGGAAAGAGUCUUAACUGUGAUUUUGUUAUCAACAGCAGCAGCUCCAUGAAAGUAUCCUCCUAAGCUUUUCUUUACAAGGAAAAGAAAAACGUUCUCUCAGCAUAAGUGAAUGUAAAAUACAAAUGUGGUGACUUAAGUCCUUUUUCUGUCAACAUAGUAUUUUAAAAUGUAGACUUAACUUUAACCUGCUUGAGAAUGCACAGCUGAAGUAUUUACUGUAAUUUUCUCUGGGUAGUCAUUUGAUGUUUAUGUAUUCAAUUCAAAAUUGCCAAGCCUCUGAUGACGGUUAUAUUACAGUAAGUAAAGUAAUGUAAUUGUUAAUGUUUAACUGUUAUCAUUUGGGAAAGGGUACUUUACACCCUUUCCUGAACUUACGAUAAAUGAACAAAUUCUGUUUAUUUUGUAUUUAAUUUAUUUAUGAAUCUGUUUUAAUCGUUUAGAUGACCACCUCUAAUGAAGCAGAACAAGGCUGCAUUUGUUACAGAGUUCUAAUGUGUAAUUUACAGCAAUUUUUUUUUGUCUCCAAAAGAUGUACAGUGUGUGUAAGGCAAUAGGAGGUUACCAAAUGUACCAUGAGUGUAGAACUGACUUGGAGUUAGGGAGGGUUUGAGUGAAGCGUUACACUGCCAUGUAAUGAUGUUGAAUUUUAAUUUGUAUAUUAUAGAUUUUAUUUGUUUAUGCAUUAUUUGAAGAUUGUCUCGCUGGAGCGCGUAGAUAUGAUUUACUUCCUGUGUGUGUGUGUGUGUGAGUGUGAGUGAGAGAGCUGUCUACAAAUGCAGAAUGCUCAACAGUGCUCCCAAGUAAGACAGUAAGCAUUUAACUCUUUGCUCUGCUUAGCGUAGAGGGAACGUCACAGUUCUUUGAUCUGCUCUUUACUUGCGCUUAAUCUUUCUGCCAGCAGGUGGGGAGAAGUUUCAGUAGUGUAUCUGGUGCCCACAGAAGCUGUAGAGCACCAGUAAUAACAUGUAAUGCAUAUAUAGAGCAUGCCUCCUGUCGUGACUAGAGCCAGCACUGAGCUGGUUUGAAAGCUAUAUUAGCUAUAUAAAAGCUAUAAAUGAUUAAUGUAGCCUGUUGUAUUUAUUGCCAUCAUUGUGGAUUGAGUGAAACAAACUUCCUCUAGAAUACGGACCUCAUGAAAAUAGCACAUAUUAUACCAAUUAUGCUGGUUCGAAAUGACAGACUUAAUUGUUGCAAUUAUUGACAUUAAGACUAUAGUGUGCUCAGAAAUGGUACAGCUAAUAUAGUUGGGUUUUUUUUUCUACUUGUCAUUAAUAAAAUCAUUUGUUUUGUACAGCAA